AUGCUUUCGGCUUCAAGACCAACCUUUGUACCUGCUAUUAUCAUAACUGAGCGAAAAACCCAGAUGAAAAAACUCCUCAAAAUCCCCUUCUCAGCCUCGCUUCGAAAUCGAAUCCACCACUGUCCUUUCACCAAUAAUCCCAAAUUGCCAUUGCCAAAUCCCUCGAACCUAUGUCCAAAUUCACAUUCAAUUACCCUUCUUAAAUGGAUAUCUUCCUUCAGUCCACUCCCACCACCAGAAUGGGUGCAACCCACUACUGACCUCUCAGACGUCGUCACUGCUGAUUCCAAGAAGGACCUCCGACCCUCACCAUGGGUCCUACAAAUCCUCAACAUAUUACACAAAAACACCAACUUGGAACAAGAGUUGACUGAAUAUUGCCGAAAGUACUUAAUCAAGCUCCCGCCCAGCUUUGUUGCUUACAUCCUGAAAAAAUCGGACCACAUUGCGAAACAGCCUGAAACGGCAUACAGGUUUUUGACCUGGGCAAGCAAGCAAAGAGGUUAUACUCAUAGUCUUGAAUGUUAUGUUUUUAUGAUUGAGAUUUUGAGUCUUGCUCGUGAUUUGGAUAGGAUUAAGUUUGUUUUCAACGAGUUUAAGAGAAAGGGUUUCUUGUUGAAUUCAAUUGUGGCUAAUUCUUUGAUUAGGAGCUUUGGGAGUGUUGGGAUGGUGGAGGAGUUAUUGUGGGUAUGGAAAAUGAUGAAAGAAAAUGAGAUCGAGCCUAGUUUGUGUACUUACAACUGUUUGAUGAAUGGUUUGGUGAGUUCUGAGUUUGUGGAAUCGGCUGAGCGGGUUUUUGAGGUUAUGGAAAACGGUAAAAUUAAGCCCGAUGUGGUCACUUAUAAUACGAUUAUUAAAGGGUACUGUAAGGCUGGAAGGGUUAAGAAAGCUAUGGAGAGAUUCCAGGAUAUGGAGUUGAAGAAUGUAGAGCCUGAUAAGAUUACUUACAUGACUUUGAUGCAGGCUUGUUAUUCUCAAGAGGAUUAUGAUUGUUGUUUGAGGCUUUAUCACGAAAUGAAGGAAAAAGGAUUGGAUAUUCCUCCCCAUGCUUAUAGUUUAGUGAUUAGUGGUCUUUGUAAGGAUGGGAAGUCUAUGGAAGGGUAUUCAGUUUUUGAGAAUAUGAUUCAAAAUGAGUGUAGGCCUAAUAUUGCAAUUUAUACUGCUUUGAUUGAUGCGUAUGCGAAGAAUCAGAACUUGGACAUAGCUAUGGGACUCUUUCAGAGGAUGCAAAGCGAAGGGUUUGAACCAGAUGAGAUUACAUAUGGGGUUAUUGUGAAUGGUUUGUGCAAGAGCGGGAGACUUGAAAAUGCACUGCAGUGGUUUCAAUAUUGUAGAAGUAACAAUGUGUCUAUAAAUACUGUGUUCUAUUCGAGCCUCAUUGAUGGUCUUGGUAAGGCAGGAAGAAUUGACGAGGCUGAAAAACUUUUUGAAGAGAUGGUUGAGAAGGGUUGUCCUCGGGACUCCUAUUGUUAUAAUGUGUUCAUAGAUGCGUUGGCAAAGAGUGGACAGGUUGAUGAAGCAUUGACACUUUUCAAGAGAAUGGAAGAUGAAGGCUGUGAUCAGACUGUGUAUACUUACACAAUAUUGUUGAGCGGCUUGUUCAAAGAGCACCGUAAUGAAGAAGCAUUGAAAUUGUGGGAUAUGAUGAUUGAUAAGGGUAUCACUCCAAAUGAUGCUUCUUUUAGGGUCCUCUCAACUGGGCUUUGUCUUUCAGGCAAGGUGGCAAGAGCUUGUAAAAUCUUAGACGAACUAGCACCAAUGGGUAUUGUUGUGGAGACUGCUUUUCAACAUAUGAUUUGUGUGUUGUGCAAAGCUGGUCGCAUAGCAGAGGCUUGCAAGUUGGCUGAUGGAGUUGUUGAACGUGGUAGAGAAAUUCCGGGCAAAGUUCGUACUAUUAUGAUCAAUGCCUUGAGGAAGGCUGGCAAUGCUGAUUUGGCAAUGAAAUUGAUGCAUAGUAAGAUUGGCAUAGGAUAUGAUAGGUUAGGUAGCGUUAAAAGGAGAGUAAAGUUUCGGAACCUGGUUGAGAAUUAA